CUGCGUCACCGCGCAGUGGGCGGGGCCGAAAACCAACACGGAAGUCGCCCUGAGGUCCUGACUGCUUGGCACCUUGGCACAGCCCUGAAGAGGAAAUCUGAGGUUUUACUCUGUUUCUGGACUCAACUCCCCGGCUUUGUUUGAGUCCCUUGAACUCUUCGGACUCCAUCAUGCUCUCACCGAGGUUCCUGUUGCUGCGGUCGGCUGCGUCCUUGACGACCAGGACGCUCUGCACGGGGGGCGUGAACCACAAGGGCAGGGCGCCGGACAUGGCUGAGGGUAAGACAGGAGCCAUGUUUGACCCGACUGACAAUCACCUGCUUUUAUUACACAUCAGUCAUCAGCCCGACACUUAGCUCAACAAAGAGCAGACGUAGGCGUUAAGUUUAUAUUUAGAAAAUAUGAACAGCAUUUUCUAAAUAUCCAUCCAUCCAUCCAUCCAUUUUCUUCCACUUAUCCGGGGUCGGGUCGCGGGGGUAGCAGUCCAAGCAAAUUGACCCAGACAUCCCUCUCCCCGGCGACACUUUCCAGCUCCUCCUGGGGAAUCCCGAGGCGUUCUCAGACCAGGCGGGAGAUAUAAUCCCUCCACCGCGUUCUGGGUCUACCCCGGGGCCUUCUCCCAGUUGGACGUGCCCGGAACACCUCUAAAGGGAGGCGUCCGGGAGGCAUCCUUACCAGAUGCCCGAACCACCUCAGCUGGCUCCUUUCGACGCGGAGGAGCAGCGGCUCUACUCCGAGCUCCCUCCGGAUGUCUGAGCUCCUGACCCUAUCUCUAAGGCCGAGCCCAGACACCCUUCGCAGGAAACUCAUUUCAGCUGCUUGUAUCCGCGAUCUUAUCCUUUCGGUCAUGACCCACAGCUCAUGACCAUAGGUGAGGGUUGGAACGUAGACCGACUGGUAAAUCGAAAGCUUUACCUUCCGGCUCAGCUCCCUCUUUACCACAAUGGUCCGAUACAACGUCCGCAUCACUGCCGACGCCGCACCAAUCCGCCUGUGGAUCUCACGCUCCAUUUUACCCUCACUCGCGAACAAGACCCCGAGAUACUUAAACUCCCCCACUUGGAGCAAAGUCUCACUCCCAUCCGAGAGAGAGCAAUCCACCGUUUUCCGGCAGAGAACCACGGCCUCAGACUUGGAGGUGCUAACUCUCAUCCCGGCCGCUUCGCACUCAGCUGCAAACCGCCCCAAUGCCCGCUGGAGGUCCCCGCUCGAGGAAGCCAACAGAACCACAUCGUCUGCAAAAAGCAGAGAUGAGAUUCCAAGCUCCCCGAACUGGAGACCCUCCUCCCCCCGGCUGCGCCUUGAGAUCCUGUCCAUAAAGAUUACAAACAGGACCGGUGACAAAGGGCAACCCUGGCGGAGUCCAACACGCACCGAGAACGCGUCCGACUUUGUGCCAAGUAUGCGGACACAACUCUCACUUUGGUCGUACAGGGAUCGGAUAGCUCGCAGUAGCGGCCCCCGAACCCCAUACUCCCGCAGUACCCCCCACAAGAGCCCCCGUGGUACACGUAUCGUAGGCUUUCUCCAAGUCAAAUAUAAACUAUAUAAAUAUAUCUGAUUGGUCAAAACACACUGAAAGAACUUUAGAUUGGAACACAAUGGACUUUAACGGAAUGGAACACAUCAAAGCAGAAUAGAAUGUUCUGAUUGAUCAAAGCCAAAUAGAACACUGAUUCAUUCUAUACAGAAAAAGGGACGACCUGAUCACACGUCGUAUCAAAUCAAUCCACAGAAAGUAGUCUGUCUCAUUCCCCCUCUGCCUGUUGACCUUGUGGAAAAAACGUUAGUGUGGUCUCAGGCUGGUCUUGGUCGUGGGGAAAUAAUGUCAGUUAGUGGGCACAGAUAUGAGAGCAGCCUGAGGAGCUACUGGACCCCAACCAUCAACCAUCUCUGAGAGGGAGAAGAGGAGCAACAUCCUGUCACUUUGGGGUCCUGCUCACCCUGUCAGGAUUCUUAUUUUCAAAGUGAUACCUGUGUCAUCUGUUGAUUGUGAUGAGCUUUGAGAAAGACUUGAUGAUGAGUGGUGAUUUAUAAAGAUUGAGACCUGGAAAUGUUGAAAUGUUGUGUUGUUUUGGUGUCACUAAAGUUCAGGAGUUGUUUACACAGUAAGUCGAAGCUUCAGCCCACACCUUUCGUUCAGUUUGAUCCCUGAAUGUUCACAUUUUUAAUUUAAACCUUACUUCUGUUUAAUUUUUGAAAGGACAAAUUGUUCAUGCUGACCUGAAAUGAACUUAAUUCAUUCACUUAACGGAAUGAGAUUUCACAUAUUUAUCAUCAGUUUGUAUCAAAUCUAAUUUAGAUGCUCUUCUCCUUUUGUUAAUCAUCUGUGUCUCUCCACAGGAAAUCCUCUUUUACACGUGUCCAAUGGUAAACUUAGACAAUCCUAACCUCCAUCAUCACUCCUGUCUCCUGCAGUAUUCUGCUCUGAUUUCCUGAAACUGCACGUUACUUCCUCCUGCAUGUUUCCGCACUGAGAGACCGAACGUUUCUUUUCUCUGAAGCAGUCCUUGUGUCGUGUUCAGCAGCUUUAAUGUUGUGUCCGGUCUGGAUUUAGAGCUCACCUCGGCUGGAUUUGUCUUCCUGCUCUUCCACAGUAGAGCUAAACCCUCCCUGCAGCAUCCGUCGGUGGCCUGUUAACCUUCAUCUUCUUCUUCCCUCUGAGCUUCAGUGUUUCGUCACGGCUGGUUUCCAGAGUCUGUCUUCUCUUUUCUCUGUGCUGUUCCAUGUUGUCUCAGAGCGCUGCAGCCUGCAGGAAACACAGACAUGAUCACAGAUCUGAACCCGCCCUGUAGUGGCUUCACAUUAACAGCAUGAGAACUACAAGGUCUCCUGAAGGCUGUAGCUGUAGUGACACUCUGACAGAGACAGUAUGAAACAUAAAGCUGUCCUCACACACACACACACACACACACACACACACACACACACACACACACACACACACACACACACACACACACACACACACACACACACACACACACACACACAUACACACACACACACUGAUGGUGUUUCUUUGUUUUCAGUGCGAAACAGGCUGAGAGAAAUCGUGGGAGCGUCCACCAACUGGAGUGAUCACCAGCAGGCGAUGGCCGAGCGCGUGUCGCUGUCCUCCAUGUUGGCGAAGUCUCAAAACGACCUCCCAGUGAAGUCGAUGAAGGACAGCUACCUGGAGGUCCACCUGCCUCUGGGCUCUGAACCACAGCUCCGAGAGAAAUACCUGACCUUUCACAACACUGUCAGGUUUGGGAGAAUCCUGGAGGACUUGGACAGUUUAGCAGUCCUCAUCUCGUACUCUCACACGUACAACACCGCCCUGAAGAGGUCUCCUCUGUCCAUCGUCACAGCGCUGGUGGAUAAGAUCGACAUGAGGCAGCACAUCAUCUAUCCUGACUGCGACAUCAAGUUCACCGGUCAUGUGACGUGGGUGGGGAGGACCUCCAUUGAAGCCAAGAUGCACAUGUCACAGUACCGGGACGGAGCUUACGGCCCCGUGCUGGAUGCUACGUUCGUCAUGGUGGCUCGAGAUCCAGAGAACAAGAGGGCAGCUUUUGUAAAUCCACUGAAGCCAGAGGGUCCAGAGGAGGAGAAGAUCUUCCAGCAAGGAGAAGCUAAUAAAUCCCGCCGUCAGGAGCUGAGCACGGCCUCUCUGCUGAAGGUGGCUCCGACAGACGAGGAGAGGAAGGUCGUACACAGCCUGUUCCUCAACACCCUGGACACAAAGACGGUCAGUUUCCGCAGCAGACUGCUGCCUUCAAACUCUGUGUGGAUGGAAGACGCCAAACUGAAGGGCCUGGAGAUCUGCCAUCCUCAGGAGAGGAACAUCUUCAACAGGAUAUUUGGAGGUUUUCUGAUGAGGAAAGCUUACGAGCUGGGCUGGGCCAACGCCUGCUCCUACGGAGGAUGCCGCCCGAGUCUCAUGGCUGUGGAUGACAUCCUCUUCCAGAAGCCGGUGGAUAUCGGCUCCCUGCUGCUGCUCUCAUCUCAGGUGUGUUACACUCAGGAGAACUACAUCCAGGUGAGAGUUCACAGCGAGGUGUUUGACCCCCUGACCCGCCAGCACAACACCACCAACGUCUUCCACUUCACCUUCGUCUCCGACCGCGAAGUCCCCAACAUCAUCCCGAUGACGUAUGGAGAGUCCAUGCUGUAUCUGGACGGGAAGAGACACUUUAAUCAGACUGUGGAGAACUGAAGGAGCCCGCCUCCUGCCUGACGAAGCCUUACAGAGUCUGACCUGCCUGUGUGUGUGUGUGUGUGUUUGAGUGUGUGUGUGUGUGUGUGUGUGUGUGUGUGAGAGAGAGAGAGAGGUCAGUUAAGAAGAAUGAAAGCAGCUUUUUUUUAAUAUCACACCUUGUAAACGUCACACAGCUCACAUGUUCGAUCGUGUCACUUUAAAUGUUGUUGUUUACAUUUGAGUGUGGAGAGAACGACGACAGAGCAACGGAACUUUAUAUUCUUUGGAACGUACUGACACUUCUCUUCAUGGUUACUUUCAGGAGUCAGCGUUUACAGCGUCACGUCUUACUGAUGAGAGUGGAGCGAACGUUCAUUCCCUCGCCUCAUGCUUACCUCAUACUCUUUAGUCCUUCUUCAAAGAUCGCAUGGCUUUACAGAUGUUACAUUUUUAUAUUCCACCGCCGCUUUUACGCACAAUACUCUUUGACUUUUUAUUUUGAAGCUUUAUUCUGAAUGUGUCAGACAGCUGUGGGAGGGAGGAGGUGUACUUUAUGUGUAUUUACUCAAAUGCAAUAAAUGGAUUCUUAUUUA